AUGGACGCGACCGGGGCGUACGGCGGCGGCAAGGCCGGGGGCGCCUUCGAUCCCCAGCAAUUCAUCCAGAGACCUCCCGUGAUUGUCAGGGCGGUUUGUUGGCUCUUCAGCGUGAUAGUGAUGGGCUGCAUAUCAGCCAAGGGGUGGCGCACAGGAGAAGACGGCAAGGAGCACUGCGUAUACAACGAUGACACGAAUGCCUGCAACUAUGGAGUUGGAAUCUCCGUGAUUGCAUUCAUUGCUUCCGUUGGCUUCAUUGCUGGCGAGUACCUGUUUGAGCAGAUGUCUUCGGUGAAGACCAGGAAGCAUUACGUACUGGCUGAUAUGGGGUUCUCUGCAUUCUGGGCGUUCCUAUACUUCGUUGGAUUCUGCUACUUGUCUAACGCGUGGGGCAAGACCGACAACCCUCCAAUGGGCACCGCCAACAACAUGCAGGGAGCCAUCGCCUUCUGUUUCUUCUCCAUCUUCGCUUGGGUGGCCUGUGCGUUCUUCGCGUUCCAGCGGUUCCGUGUAGGUGCUGACGCAGCGUUCGCGCCGGCGUAUGAAGUAGAGGGCGCUGUGGGCAGCCCUGGCGCCUUCCCCGCAUACCCCUCCGCCCCCGACCCACAGCCCGCCUACAGCGACCCGCCAUUCUCGCAGACGCAUGCCUCUGGAAACAUCGACUACACGGCCCCAACUUACUAA